GUAGGUUGUGAAAUCAGUUCAGAGUUGAGGUGAGAGGUUAUCCACACUGGUGCAAGAGCCUAAUGUAGGGUAAUAACUGUUCCUGAAUCUGAUGGUGCGGGAUUCAAGGUUCCUUUAUCUCCUGCCCGAUGGUUGUAGAGAGAAGAGAUCAUAGCCUGGAUGUUGGCGGUCCUUGAUGAUGGAUGCUGCUAUCUUGUGGCCUGUGAUUAACUGGGCUGUAUCCACCAUUUUCUGUAGUCUUUUCCAUUCCUGGGCAUUGGUGUGUCUGACCUCGGCCAUGAUGCAACCAGUCAGCAUACUUUCUGUUGUGCAUCUGUAGACGUUUGUCAAGGUUUUAGAUAUGUCAAAUCUACAUAGAAUUCUAAAAAAGUCUUUGAGAUGGCACUUGCAUACUGGUCCCAGGACAGAUCCUCUGGUAUGAUAGUGUAAAGGAAUUUAAAAAGUUACCGGCCCUCUCCACCUCCGAUAUCCUGAUGAGGACUGGCUCCUGGACCUCCAGCUUCUUCCUCCUGUAGUCAAUUAUCAGCUAUUUGGUAUUGCUGACAUUGACAGAGAGGUUGCUAGUGUACAGCAUUCAACCAGAUUUUCAAUCUCCCUCCUAUAUGCCAAUUGGUCACCACCUUUGAUUCAAUAAACACCACUGAUGUUUGAUCUUCCUCAGUUAUUUUGUGUGGGGGGGGAAGGGUAUUUGGGGAAUGAUGAUCAUGCUGCAUUUCUUUUCUUCCUUAGUUUCAUGGCUAUCUGGAGAAGGAGAAUUUCAGAGAUGUUUACUUUGAUAAUAAAUGAACCUUUGAUGUCGUCAGCAAACUGAAAUAUGGCACUUAGUCACACAAUGUUUCACGUUGAGACCCUAUAUCCAGACUAAUUAGCAAAUUAUGGACAAUAUACAUAUGAACAAGCUUCCACACAUGAUUAAAUCCAUAAGUUCAAAGUAACAGCAGAACUAGUUACGUCUUUCUCUCCACGUUUGACAAUUGUUUUUCAUAAGUCUUAUGAUGCCAUUCAUUACAGAACUGUGGUUACGAUCUCCAACAUAUAGAUGUCCUGUAAUAAAGGAUAGUGACAAAGAGGGAUGAAAAUAGGCCAAACAUGUGACGUCACAGGCUGGGUUCCUUCCCGACUCACGGCUGCGCAGUUCGCCAGUGAUGGCGGGGAUACCUACUGCGCAUGCUCCGGUUCCCAAGGUCAGGUCCGGCACCGUAUCACGUGUUCUUCGGUACGGAGCGAACUGCAUGGGUGGGUUAGCAGAGUGAGGACCGGUUAUAUAGAGCAACCGAAUCGUUGCUCCCCAGGUUAUUAACAAAAUGUCAACCAGAACAGCCUCUGUCCAUGCCAAAUGGAUUAUAGGAAAAGUGAUUGGAACAAAAAUGCAGAAGACUGCUAAAGUCAGAGUAACUAGGCUUGUCCUGAAUCCAUAUCUGUUAAAGUUUUAUAAUAAGAGGAAGACCUAUUUUGCUCAUGAUCCAAAAGAACAAUGUACUGUGGGUGAUAUUGUGCUUCUGAAGGCUUUAUCUGAACGAAGAACCAAAAAUGUAAAACAUGAACUGGCUGAAAUUGUUUUCAAAGUUGGGAAUAUUAUUGAUCCUAUAACAAAGAAACACUGCAGUGGGAGCAGAAUAAUUGAGCCCCUCACAGACUUUGAUUCAGAUGUCAGAUCUCUGAAGGACCAGUUAGAGAAUUUAGAGAUCAAUACUACGCAGAGUAAUUCUGAACAGAAAACCUCAAUAAACUGAGCUGAAUAAAUGUUGGCAAAUAUGAAUGUCUUUACCAUAAAAAUGUAUUGAUGUUUCUAGCAUUUUGAAUAAAUCAUACAAUAUAGAUUUAAAGAUGUAAUAAUAUUUCUUGUAUCUUGUAUUAUUUCUUUCCCAUGUUUUUAGUAAUAUCAGAAUAAAAUGAAAGGAAGCAGUUAUUGCAUGUAAUGCUCAACAUCGGAAGUGUGCAUUUCUUUGUAUACUUUUACAUUUAAACUAUGUAAUGAGAGGUGACACAGUGUUGCCUGUGUGAAGUUUGUAUAUUCUAUCAUGACUACAAAGAUGUGGGUUGGCAGAUUAAUUGGUGGCUGUAGUGUAGGAUGAAAGUUAAAAUGAAGAAAUUUGGCCUCUCCCCUAAAACCCUCACUAAUUUUUAUAGUUGCACUGUAGAAAGCAUUCUUCUAGGGUGCAUCACAACCUGGUAUGGAAGUUGUCUUGUCCAAGACCGGAAGAAGCUGCAGAAGAUCGUGAAAUAGCCCAGCACAUCACACAAACCAAUCUUCCAUCCUUGGACUCACUUUACACUGCCUGCUGUCGGAGCAGUGCUGCCAGGAUAAUCAAGGACACGACCCACCCACCCAACACACUUUUUGUCCCUCUUCCCUCCAGGAGAAGUUUCAGGAGCUUGAAGAUUCGUAUGGCCAGAUUUGGGAACAGCUUCUUUCCAACUGUGAUAGGACUGCUGAACGGAUCCUGACCCAGAUCUGGGCCAUACUUUCCUAACAUCCGAACCUGACUUGCACUACCUUACUUCCCCUUAUAUAUUUUCUAAUUAUGAUUUAUAAUUUAAAUUUUUAUUAUAUUUACUUUGAUUUGUACUUAAGAGAGCACGAAGCGCAGUAUCAAAUAUCGCUGUGAUGAUUGUACGCUCUAGUAUCAAUUGUUUGGUGACAAAGUAAAGUAAAAUGUGGGGAGCGUAGUGAGAAUAAAAUAGUAUUAGUGUAGGAUUAAUGUAAAUGCGUACUUAUUACAGCAUGGAGUCAUUCAGCCAAAGAUCCCAUUUCUCUUAUUAGGACUUGGGAAAUGCGAUAGGCACUUUUAAAAAGUGCUGGUGGAAUUCCUAUGAAGUCUCACAGUCUGUCAGGAUAAACUGUUAUAUGGUAAAACUUGUUGAAUGCACCUAUUCCAUUUGUAUUUCUUUUCUCCCACAGAUGUUGCUUGACUGACAGAGUUCUUCCAGCAGAUUGUUACUCUAUUUGUAAAAAAAACACAUUGAUAUAAUCCAGCUGAUGGAUGGCUGACAAAGUUACAAAAAACUUGUUAGUUGAAUUUGUAGAUUUGUCUUGAGUCCAAAAGACUGCAAUAUGCCCAGCAAGAAGAUGAAUUUAUCGUCAUAAGUGUGUGUAUGCCUUGUUGGUGCUAGUAGUGACAGUUGUUGGCUAUCCACAGCACAUUCCCAGGCUACUGGUUGUUGAUGCAAAACUACAUAUUUCAUUGCAUGUUACAAUGUACGCGUGAUAAAUAAAGCUAAU